AAAUUCCAGUCCCCCCAGGUCACUGACCGUUGCAAUUCCUACCCAACGCACCUGCACAAGCAAUGUCGCUACUAACACGGAGCGCCCCGUCCGUGGUGAUCUUUAUCCAAUUCUGGGGCGGUGGAAUCCAGCUGAUGAGGUCUUCCUGUUUCUGAAAGUGUUGCACCCGUAUUUAGAAUAAUUUUUAAUCAAUAUAUAGGUUAUAAAAUGCAGUGAAUUAAUCCAUUUACCCUUUGAUUCACUUAAGCGCUGAAAAUUAAUAUAAUUCGCUCUCUCUUCUCUCCCGGAGGAGUGAAGGCCUCAUCUUCAUCUUCUCGCCGUUCUCCCCGCCGGUCUCCCCCUCGGACGUGAUAAUUCUUCAUCGUGAGUCGCUGUCUUCGUCUUCCACUUCAUGAUAUUCAAAGAUAUUUCGUGCUCGCGCAGAUGUUUUAUCCAUUACUUUUUCAUCCAUGACGCUGGAAGAACUGCCGUUUUAGUUGCCCGCCGGACGCUGGAAGAGCACCGGAACGGUGGAGGAAGACCGCGCGGCCACCUACUUCGGCGAGACUAGUGGUCAGGUCGAUCACUGUGAGGAGCAGUUGAGCUCGAGGACAUAUCGGUCAUUUAAAUGUUAUCAUUCCGUUCAUUUUUCAAUUCCAUUUAAUACAUUUCCGAAAAAGAAAAAUCUACACCUUUGAAACGGCGCCGUAAUAUAUUGUAAGUCAAGAUGUCGCCUCUUUCUCAAUUAACGACGACAUCUCGGAUAGUCUCAGAUUGUCGUCGUCACCUUCAGAUGCCGCAGCCUCAGUAAGACCGAUCUUAUUAAUGGCUUCCAAACGGCACAACAAGCAGAUCAAUAAACGAUUUGGCGCUAAGAGCAAUACGACAAUGAAUACUCGUUUCAGUUACCGGAAAAUCUCUAUACUAAUACCAGUUGUUUUCGUCUUCGCUUCUCUUCUUAUCCUUGCAAUUUUUUUGAAUAUUUGGAAAACGCCGGUGAGUUCUCGUCGGGGGCCGCAAAUUUAUACGGCUGAAAUAGUGAACGAGUUUCCUCAUGAUCGGAAUGCCUUUACUCAGGGUCUGCUUUAUGCUGAAAAUGAUACCUUAUUCGAGUCAACUGGGCUUAACGGGAAGUCAUCGGUUCGGCAAGUAGCUCUUCGGACCGGAAAGGUUCAGAAUCUUCAGAAGAUGGAUUACUCCUAUUUUGGCGAGGGUUUAACUCUUCUUGGCAAAAGGCUGUUUCAAGUAACUUGGUUGACGAACACUGGUUUCAUAUAUGACCGUUAUAAUUUAAGCAAAUUCAAAACAUUUACUCAUCAGAUGCGUGAUGGGUGGGGACUAGCAACUGAUGGAAAUGUUUUGUAUGGAAGUGAUGGUAGUUCAACACUGUAUCAGAUCGACCCUCAAACACUGAAAGUCACAGAAAAGCACAUUGUCAAAUACAAUGGUCAUGAAGUAAGCCAACUCAAUGAGCUGGAGUAUAUAAAUGGUGAAGUUUGGGCAAAUAUUUGGCAGACUGAUUGCAUUGCUAGAAUCUCGCAUAAAGAUGGUGCUGUACUUGGAUGGAUACUUCUUCCAAACUUGAGGGAAAAAUUGUUAAAAGCUGGGAAUCGUAAUAUUGAUGUUCUGAACGGCAUAGCAUGGGACAGUGAUAACAAACGCAUUUUUGUGACUGGAAAAUUAUGGCCAAAGCUUUACGAGAUCAAGCUGCAUCCAGUGAAGCAGCAUUUUAAAGCUGGAGUUAUCGAGGAACUCUGUGUGAGAUAGCCAUGCAUGCUGCAGCAAAUGACUAGUACGGAUCAAUUACAAAGCCAUGAACCGAUCCUCUCCGGUUAUGGCCAUUGCCUAGGGAAUUUCCAGGAGAAAGAAAUGAAGAAGCCAUCGUGAUGUUAGAAGGCACUGCCAUUUCAGGAGAAUGACCUGAAAUGCAAAGGCUACCCUUUUCAUCUUCUUCCCAGAAUACUUCAACCAUAAUACCUCUCGGAUUUUCUGAAGUUUCUGUUCCUGGGAUCCCCACGAACCUUGCUCCUAUAGGUACCUGCAUUGUCAUGACAAAAAAAGCACCAUCUUUCUUUAAUUUUUUUAUGAAUUAGUCUUGUACUUCAAACAUAUUACAAUGCAUAUGUAGGUUUUAUAUGUUCGUUUUAUCUAGUGUAGGCAAACUUUAGUUGAAAAUACAAGCAAUUAUAUCCCAUGUUAAAUUAAAUUCUGUCCUUAAAU